UUCAAUUAAACAACAACAGCAACAAAAUGCUAUUCAACAAGUGUCUCGAGAAACUGUCCAAUUCGCUGGGACAUGUUGUUAAUCACAAGCUGCAGGAGAAGCACGUCUACAACAGCAACAACAGCCACACAACUAACAACGACAACGACACAAACAACAACAACAACAACAACAGUGUGUACAACAUGCAACGCAACUUUGAAUACGAACGCGCCAUACAGGCGCACUAUGGCAACGGCAGGACGCGCAGCAACUCAAAGUCCAAGGCCAGCAAAGGUCACAAGUCAAAGGCAACAGGCACGGCCGCAACGACAACAGCAACAGCAACAACAACAAACACAGGCGAGUGCAAAAAUUGCAUGAGCAACGAUGAGCUGGCCAUGAUCAUCAGAGGCGUUGCCCACAACAACAACAACAACAACAACAAGCACAAGUACAGCAGGGCGAACAGACGUCGCACCAGCACCUACACAGGCGCCUCCUCUAGCUGCUCCUCGACGGAGUCGCUGCACCUGCAGCUGGCGAUGGCGCCGCGCGGCAGCAACAGCAGCGGCAGCAGCAGCAGCAAUAAUAGCAGCGACGGCCACGCCUACUCAUCCUAUCCGGUAACGCCCACAUCGUGGUCUGCGUCGCCGCCCAGCUUUGGCCAAAGCUUUGGCGGCUCCAGCGGCACACUGGCGCUCCUGGCGGCCAUGCGUGUGCAACUCUACGGCUACACAUGGUUUCACGGCAAUCUUUCUGGCAAAGAAGCUGAAAAAUUGAUAUUGGAGCGUGGCAAGAAUGGUUCAUUUCUCGUGCGUGAAUCUCAAAGUAAACCUGGUGAUUUUGUCCUAUCCGUGCGUACAGACGAUAAAGUGACGCAUGUCAUGAUUAGAUGGCAGGAUAAAAAGUACGACGUUGGCGGUGGUGAAUCGUUUGCAACCCUCUCGGAACUGAUCGAGCACUACAAACGCCAUCCAAUGGUGGAGACUUGCGGCACAGUGGUGCAUUUGCGCCAACCAUUCAAUGCGACGCGAAUAACAGCCGCUGGCAUCAAUGCACGAGUUGAACAGCUGGUAAAGGGCGGUUUCUGGGAGGAGUUUGAGUCGCUGCAACAGGACAGUCGUGACACAUUCUCGCGCCACGAGGGCUACAAGGAUGAGAAUCGGCUAAAGAAUCGCUACCGCAACAUAUUGCCCUACGAUCACACGCGCGUCAAGCUGCAGGAUGUGGAGCGGAAUGCACCGGGCGCCGAGUACAUAAACGCCAACUAUAUACGUUUACCCACCGAUGGCGAUCUCUAUAACAUGAGCAGCUCCUCGGAGAGCCUCAAUAGCACGGUAGCCGCGUGUCCGGCCUGUACCGCAGCCCAAACGCAACGCAAUUGCCCCAACUGUCAUCUGCUGAACAAGACGUGUGUCAAGUGUGCGGUCAAAUCGGCCACGCUGCCCACAAACUGUGCCACCUGCAAUCGCAAAUCGGAUUCGCUGAGCAAGCACAAGCGCAGCGAAUCGAUGUCAGCCUCGGCGAAUGCCUCUGCAGCGGGCACCGGACCGGGAACGCCGACCGCCGCUGGGAACACAUCGGCAGCGGCGGCUCUCAACGGGUGCCUGGCUGUGCUGCUGAAGAAGCACUGCGGAGAUGCCUCGCCGCCGCCAUCGACAUCGUCAUCGUGCAGCGGCCCCUUGACGGGCUCACUGCUGAAUGGCGAGGGAAAUCUGUUCAAGACGUACAUCGCGACCCAGGGCUGCUUGGCCAACACGAAGACGGACUUCUGGAACAUGAUCUGGCAGGAGAAUACGCGCGUCAUUGUCAUGACCACCAAGGAAAUUGAGCGCGGCAAAACCAAGUGCGAACGCUAUUGGCCCGAUGAGGGGCAAUGCAAGCAAUUCGGUCACGCCAAGGUGCACUGCAUCAAGGAGAACUCUACCAAUGAUUAUACGCUGCGCGAGUUUCUCUUCUCGUGGCGCGACAAGCCCGAGCGACGCAUCUAUCACUAUCAUUUCCAAGUGUGGCCCGAUCACGGCGUGCCUGCUGAUCCUGGCUGUGUGCUCAACUUCCUGCAGGAUGUCAACACCAAACAGAGCAGUCUGGCCCAGGCCGGCGAGAAGCCGGGUCCCAUUUGUGUGCACUGCUCGGCGGGCAUCGGACGCACAGGCACAUUUAUUGUGAUCGACAUGAUUCUGGAUCAGAUAGUGCGCAAUGGUUUGGACACUGAAAUCGAUAUCCAACGCACUAUUCAAAUGGUGCGUUCGCAGCGCUCGGGCAUGGUGCAGACAGAGGCCCAGUACAAGUUCGUCUACUAUGCGGUGCAGCAUUACAUUCAGACCCUGAUCGCGCGCAAGCGGGCCGAGGAGCAGAGCAUCCAGGUUGGGCGCGAGUACACCAACAUCAAGUAUACCGGCGAAAUUGGCAAUGAUUCACAAAGAUCUCCACUACCACCAGCAAUUUCUAAUCUAAGCUUAGUUUCGUGUAAGUCAGCAGUUGCGGAACCGUUGACUGCGGCAACAGCAGCAGCAGCAGCAGCGAAUGCGGGCAAUAAGCAUGCCGCCAAAUUGCAGCCACCAUUGCCGCCGCUGGGCGCCAGCAACAACAACAACAGCAGCGGCAGCAGCGGCAACAGCGGCAACAGCGGCAGCUACUGCAGCAACAGCAACGGCGUCGUCAGCAGCAGCAGCAGCAGCAGCAGCAGCAAUGCCAACGGCAAUGGCAACAUUCUCGGCAACGGCAGCAACAUGCGCAAGUCAAAUUUUUAUAGCGAUUCGCUAGCAGCUCUUAAACUGCAGCAGCAACAGUUGCACGACGCAGCAACAGCAGCAGCAGCAUCAGCAGCAGCAGCAUCAGCAGCAGCAGCAGGUAAGCAGAAGCAGGUCUUGGGCCAGGGCCAGGGCCAGGGCCGGCCAGGCGGUUUACUCAAGUUGCUCACCAGUCCCAUCGUCUUUCAGCCAAAUACAAAAACAUUCCCAAAGACAUGAACAGUCUAAGGCAGCCGCACGCUGCCUAUGUUGCUGCUGCGCCAGCGCUGCCGCCGCCGCCGACGCCGCCGCGCAAGACAUGACAAAUGAAUUUCUAAAUACGCGCACUUUCAUUUUCGAUAUGCAGCUGCAUUUGACAUACACACAUACACACGCACGCACGCACGCACGCACGCACGCGCACGCACGCACGCACUCACUUCUUCUUACCCGACCUGUUUCUGCAGAGCGCAAAAAACGAUUUCUAAACUCUUAAUUUUUUUUUUUAUAUUAAAAACCUACACAUAUAUACCUAUAUUUUAAAAUAUCCCAAUUGUUUGUCCGUUGUUGUGUGUCCCAUUGUUUUUAAAUGCGUCUAUAUAUAUAUUUAAUUUAA